GGCAGGACUUCCGGUGGCGGAACCGUUGCCCUCUGCCCAGCGAGCUUAUUAUCGGUGAGUCGGUUCCCUUUCCCAGCGUCCGGAGAUGUCACAGCUUGGAUCCCGGGGCCGCCUGUGGCUGCAGAGCCCCGCCGGAGGAUUGCCCCCUAUAUUCCUGCCGUUGGAUGGCCAAGCCCUGGUCCUCGGUCGGGGCCCCCUGACCCAGGUGACGGACCGGAAGUGCUCCCGAAAGCAAGUGGAGCUGAUUGCAGACCCUGAGACCCGGACAGUGGCAGUGAAACAGCUCGGUGUUAACCCAUCAACUGUUGGGGGCCAGGAGUUGAAGCCAGGAUUGUCCGGCUCUUUAAGCUUGGGAGACAUCCUUUAUCUGGUUAACGGCCUGUAUCCCCUGACCCUGUGUUGGGAAGACAUUGGCACACCAGGAACCCAGCCAGAUGCUCCUCCGAGCACUGCUCCUGUGCAUCCACAGGAGGGGGAGGAUGCUGAGCCUCAGAAAAAGCGGGUGCGGAAAUCAUCCCCUGGCUGGGAGAGCUUAAAGAAGUUACUGGUGUUCACCGCAUCUGAGGUGAAGCCCCGGGGUAAGGUGGCUGCCUUUGACCUAGAUGGAACCCUCAUCACCACCCGCUCUGGAAAGGUCUUCCCCACUAGCCCUAGCGACUGGAGGAUCCUAUACCCAGAGAUCCCAAAGAAACUCCAGGAGCUGCAUGCUGAGGGCUACAAGCUGGUAAUCUUCACCAACCAAAUGGGCAUUGGGCGAGGGAAGCUGUCCGCAGAGGUGUUCAAGGCCAAGGUGGAGGCUGUGCUGGAGAAGCUGGGAGUCCCAUUUCAGGUGCUGGUGGCAACGCAUGCAGGUCUAAACCGAAAGCCAGUGAGUGGCAUGUGGGACCAUCUGCAGGAGCAGGCCAACGAGGGCAUGCCCAUCUCCAUCGAGGACAGUGUCUUCGUGGGAGAUGCAGCAGGGCGCCCAGCCAACUGGGCCCCAGGGAGGAAGAAGAAAGACUUCUCCUGUGCAGACCGCCUAUUUGCCCUUAACGUUGGCCUGCCCUUUGCCACUCCUGAAGAGUUCUUUCUUAAGUGGCCAGCAGCCCACUUUGAGCUUCCAGCUUUCGACCCGAGGACCAUCUCCAGUGCUGGGCCCCUGUACCUCCCGGAGUCCAGCUUCCUCCUGAGCCCCAACCCAGAGGUGGUGGUCGCAGUAGGAUUCCCUGGGGCUGGCAAGUCCACUUUCAUCCAGGAGCACCUGCUGUCUGCUGGGUACGUCCAUGUGAACAGGGACACACUGGGCUCGUGGCAGCGCUGUGUGAGCUCUUGCCAGGCUGCACUGAGACAGAGGAAGCAAGUCGUAAUUGAUAACACCAACCCGGAUGUCCCAAGUCGGGCGAGGUACAUCCAAUGCGCCAAAGACGCAGGUGUCCCCUGUCGCUGCUUCAACUUCUGUGCCACGCUGGAGCAGGCUCGCCACAACAACAGGUUCCGAGAAAUGACCGACCCCUCGCAUGCACCAGUGUCAGACAUGGUCAUGUUCAGCUACAGGUCCAGAGGUUCUGGGGGGCUGGAGGUUGCAGGAGGUGGGGUACAGAGCCUCACACACCCACACCCCCGUCUCACAGGAAGCAGUUUGAGCCGCCCACACUGGACGAGGGCUUCCUGGAGAUCCUUCAGGUUCCGUUCCGGCUGCGGACGCAUCAGGACCCUGCGCUGCAGCGAUUGUACUGCCAGUUUUUGGAGGGCUGAGCCCGCAAUAAAGGCUGCUGCUUUGCUCACAGGCAUUUUGGUGGAGUUGUGGGAGGCAACGCGGGUGCCACAAUGCUUGGUGCAUGGGUUUACAAGUGGGCUCUUGUGCACCCAGCACACCCGCUGGUUUGAGGAGCCAUGGCCAUUUGGCGGUGGGGGAAAGCAGGACCCGACUGGCCAGUCAACAAGAGGUUUGUAAGAGCCCAGUUGUGGGACAACAGAGCUGAGACUGGAGUCUCAGGAUGCUCUGUUUGCCCAGGAACAGGAAAUUAUAAUGUGUUGUCAAUGAAAGGCUUCAUAUGGACUAAUUGGCCUGAUGAGCCUGCCUUUCCACCUACUCCUAGAAUAGCACACAUCCCCCAGACUGCCAGAGUCCACAGCCCUGAAC